UAGUACCCAUCUACCACAGAAGGUGAAAGAUCAUUUACUUCUACUGAUUACUAAUACUACUAAUUUGAACUCCUCCACAAGAGUGCAAGAAGUAAUCUGGGGAGUGAGAAUAAGACUUGCCUUCUAUAUAUAACAGCCUUGUUGCUCUUCUCUCCCUUCCACUAUUACUGUCCCCAAUUUGCAGAUCAACCUUGCUCUCUUCUCGUUGUUAUCAUGCAUCUUCCUCUGAAAAAAGUCCCCAUUUACACACCAAAAUGGCUAGCAGCUUGUGCAUCAAUGUUUGCUUCCUUGAUGCUUAUUCAGUCCAUGACUAACAAUUUUUAUACCUUGAUCCCCCAACCCCUCCAGAGGUUUGUCAUUUCCAUUGUCAUCGGCUUCUUCAAACGAAGCGUACCCCUUUUCAUCCAAAGGCUUCUCCUUUCAGCCUACCAUGAGUUCUCCAAACGAUUCUUUCAUGACCCCGUCAUGACCUUACUAGUUGAGGAAUACCAUGGCUUUUGUGACAACGAAAUUUACCAUGCUGUGGAGCACUACUUGCAUAGCAAAAUCAGCCCAAAUACUCGACUCCUUAAAAUAGCGCAAACCUGGCGAGACACUAGUUCCUCCUACCAAUUUGUUGACAGGCAAGAGUUUGAAGACGUGUAUGAGGGCAUUGAGCUGAAAUGGAAGUUCAGUUCCACUUCCAAUCAGCAAAGCUUCCAGCUUAUGUUUGACGUAAGGCACAAGGAAGCAGUGGGGUGUUCUUACAUUCCUUAUGUUUUGAAGAGGUUUAAGGCCAUGAAAGAGGAAACAAAGAUUGUCAGGCUGUGCACACUAGCGAGGAAAAAUGGGCAUAACAUCAAGUGGCAAUCAAUAACAUUCGGAAACUACUCUGCCACAUUUGCUACUCUAGCCUUGGAUCCCAAGCUGAAGGCAUCGAUUUUAGAGGAUUUGGACCGGUUUGUGAAGGGCAAACAGUUCUACCAAGGUGUAGGAAGGGCUUGGAAGAGAGGCUAUCUUCUAUAUGGUCCCCCCGGCACUGGUAAAUCCUCCCUGAUAGCUGCAAUUGCUAAUCAUCUCAAGUUCAACAUCUAUGACUUGCAGCUCUCACAUUUGAAAUCCGAUGUGGAACUGAGAAGUGUACUAGUUGCAACCACAAACCAAUCCAUACUUGUGAUUGAGGAUAUAGAUUGCGGUCUGAAGCUACAAGAUAGAACCCUUGUUAAGACAACCAGCAGUUCGAAAGAGAAAGACCACGCAGAUGAGCCGGCGAUUACACUUUCUGGCCUACUGAACUUCAUAGAUGGCCUAUGGUCUGGUUCAGCAGAGCAAAGGAUAAUCAUAUUCACUACCAAUCACAAGGACAAGCUUGACCCUGCAUUGCUGCGUCCCGGACGAAUGGAUAUGCAUAUCCACAUGUCAUAUUGCACCUUUGGUGGGUUCGAAACCUUGGCGCGCAAUUACUUGGGGAUCAAAGAACACCAGCCUUUGUUUGAUGAGAUUGAAAGCCUGCUGCAAAAUGCAGAGGUCACUCCUGCACAAGUGGCGCAAGAGCUGAUGAAGAGUGAGGAUGCUGAAGUUGCACUCCAAGGUCUGAUCACAAUGCUGAGGGAGAAGAUCGAACAUCAAAGGGUUGGAGAUCAAAUCAAAAUGAGAGAAGAUGAAGACAGUGACUAGUUCUUAAUUGUAGUGUAGUAACUACUAAUAGCUAAUAAGUAGUAGUAGUGGUGAAGUGGGUGUUGAGACUAGCUAGUUGGUGGUAUAGUGGUGAUGUUGAGGAAUUCAUAGAAGCAAUUGAUAGAACACCUUACUAAUAUCAAUUGGAUGUCCCUCUUUCAGUGUUAAUCAAGCAAUAUUCUCAGUUCUUGACAAAAU